GAGCAGGUUCAGAACUAGGAGCUCAGCUCCCUGCAGUUAAUAAGCAGGGAGGCGCAGUCAAGGGGGGAACCUUCCAGUUCAUACAACCCGGGCGGCUGUGAAAAGGGCCAGUUAUGGAUUUCUUACGGAAAAUCGUUCUCCUCUCCACGCUCCUUAUCAUCGCCGAUUGCGCCCCGCCAACAUGCUACUCCGCUGUUCUGAGACAAAGUGAACGAAUCACGGAGUUAAUGGGAAGAUUAGAUACCUUCUCAGUCACGAAACGCUGCCUUGCUAACCUACCGAAGCUCUACAUUAAUGUGCAUAACUCUUGUGUGAUGACCAAACUCCGCGACCACCUCUAUUCUUUGGACAAUCUCCUUACUCCCCAGUGUAAGGAGCUCAAGAGAAUUGCAUUUCUGAAACUACGCAUCAAGCGCUUCUACAACCUGAUCAGUCGAUUCUGCUACCGGGACCUUGUGUUCUUCACUGACGACUGCGCCGAUCUGGAACGUCCACCUCCUGCAGAUCCCCAGGAACACCUCUCCCAGUGAAAACGUUGGCUUUUCAGCGACCGAGUGGGUUUACAUUGGACCACCGGCCUCAUCCGAGAACAGAAGGGUUACUUACUUUAAUCAAAAGGGCAUGCUUUCAAUCUGUGUGUGUGUAGCAGGAAUGCGUGUUUCUACCUAACAAUAAGUUGCUGUUUCACUCAAUGGGCGAAUGCGUUCCUUUAUGCGAGGCAGGGGAUUGGGCGCCUGAGAGUAAUCUUUCCUACACUGGACCUUCUACUGUACUGCAAUUUAGCAAAAAAUGAAAUAAACGAGAUU